AUGUCUGCUAGUAACAUUAUCACAAGUUUGUAUCCUUGUUAUAUUGGUCAAUUUUUGAUCGGUUGUGCUCCAAUUAAAAUAUUAGAAAUCAGAAAUAAUUUGCAAAUAAGUAAUCGACGCAUUUAUGAUUAUUUUACAAUUCUCAUUUUAUUUCUUAUCAUUUUGUUUAUUUAUCAUCGUUACUCUUUGAUGAAUUUUUAUGAUUUUGAUAGCAGUGCUUUGGUGAAAUUUAUGACAACGGUAUAUUUUAUAAUCGUGAGUGGAUUAAUAUCAACGAAUGUGAUUUAUUCAAGAGUUCAAAGACAAGAAAAAACCGAAAACAUGCUUGUUUGCAAGCCGUUCUACCGGCAAGUUUCCUUGAUAGAAGUAAUGAAAUUGCAUCAAGAAAUUUACGAUUUGUUACAACUUGCAAAUAGAAUUUUUGCAGCACAAAUUUUAUUCUCGUUUACUGUUGGUUUUGUCAUUAUCACGUUUCAAAGUUUUAGUAUUAUUUGUGCCGUUUAUAACAACAGUCCGUAUCUCAAGUAUUCUAUUGCUUCAGCCAUUUGGAUUAUUCUCAUUGUGACUGAAAAAAUGGCGUUGACUUUUUCUUGCCACAAGUUCGAUUGA